UCCUCUGGGGAUGCAAUGACCCAUCCUCGUCGAAAGGGUAGAACUUGAAGAGUCAAGACUGACUCUAAAAGCUCUCACUGUCAACGCACUCAUGAAGGGCAUGAGAUAAGAAAUGGAACCAGAGGAAAGGGAAACAACAAUUUCUAUAUUUUUCUGAGGGAUAUACAAAAAGGAAAAAAAAAUGUCAUAUUUAACAACACCCGAGAAUAGCAGCAACAAUCUCGAGACUAUAUCUCUGCCUUCUGCGCCAGAAUGUAGCAGUGAUGGGGACCAAAACGCCUGGCCCAAGGAGGCUUAUUGGAGGAAGCAAGAUGAUUGGCUUUAUCGUCAUAAGCUGGCUAUGAUGUGGAUGGAAAAGGACCGUAAGGCUGUUAAAGGAAAACAAUAUAUCCUUGAAAAAUUGCCUGAUCAAUAUGUCCUUUUGGAUCGACCACGGUUUAGUUCCCCUAAGAUCCGAGAUAAAUUUCUUUACGGACAUCCCUCGGGGUCCUGUUUCAAUUCUCCCAAAAAUUUCUUCCCCCACUUCUAUUGGUUGGUAAGUGGUAAAUCAGGGCCGUGUCCUUGUGAAUGCUGCAAGAAGAAGAGGCCUCCAACUAGUGCCAGUGGAUCUGGGACAAGUACAUCAACUACACAUCAUUACUUAGGUCCAGGUCGCUGGGCUAGAGGCAGACCACCAAAAGGGGCUCCAAAACUACUCUGUCAAAGGCGAAUCCUGGACUCCGAAGGUGUCCCAGAUAUCUUCCGAGAGACAGUGACGAGACUCAGUAAAGAGAAUGAAAUAGACGAACCCAUCUCUGAACCGCGAAGCAUGGACUGGCGAGCAGAGAAUAAGCUCGUUCGAGAACAUAUAGUUCGUGUAGGUUUGCAAGGAUCAUAUAUUCCUCGUGUGGGGGAGAUUGUUCUUUGGAUUCCACAGCUCAAUGGCGAGCUCAAAUACAAUGAGCAAACGCGGUCGUAUCAGAUCUAUUCUCCUAAGAAGAGCCUAUUUAUUGGGAAUCCUGUGUGGAGGGCGGGGACGGUCAGUGAAGUGCCAGAAAAGGACCCAGUAGUCCUGGACGACCUUAUUGAGCCUACGCAAAAGAAAUGGGAAGUUAAUUACUCUGGGUUUCGCGUGGAGACUUUCCCGGACCCAAACAGCGACGACAAAAGCGCUUCACUCCAAUACCAAUAUGUGCACAUCUAUGUCUUGCGGCCGUUUAAUUCGUGGCCUGUUUGGCUUGAGGGUUUACCGCAGAGGGAAUGGCAUCCUUCAAUCAAACAUGCAAUGACGGUGAUGUCUUCAGUCUGCAUGAUCAACAAAUACCAUUUCAAGGGCGUAUGGCCUAAUGCGUCGAUUCAUUGUCGAGGGAUGUUCCUCGGGCCUGAGAUGAUUCUCGUUGGCGAUACGGUGCGACUCAAACCGAAAGGUGCAACGGUCAACAGACUGUCGAGUGUCACGGAUGUGAUGGUCAUCAAGCGCAUAGAGUUCAGACUCAACUCGUGUAUCGAAGAUCUUCAAUCUCCCAAUCUCGCCAAAUCAUACUCUGUGCGCGUGCGCGGCAACGUAUAUUCACUUGCACCGAACCGAGCGUAUCGCAAACCAGGGGAAUACAGCAGUCUACCACUCAAUCGGCAAGAGGUAAUCGAUGCCUUUCAACAGGUCGGCAUGAGCGAAUAUGGAGCUUGGUACCGUACCCACGGACCCAGCACAAGUGUUGAAAUUUCACAUGAUAUGAUAAUCGGACGCUGCUACGAGCCUACAGCUAUGGAGCUCCUAUUCGGCCAUACAUCCUUAGAUUUCGACCUAUUCGGCAUGCUCGCCAGCCGGGAGUGGUCUCGCAAAACCGAUAACCGUAUGGAAGACGGCCAGGAUUGGUUCUGGGCUGAUUACAGAGUCCAAGCACUCUCCAUCGACACUCUGAACGGAGAUGAAGUUGGCCGAUAUUCUGAAGCUCGGGAACCGCGGAUGUGGAAGGGAGUACUUAAUAUACUUGACGGUACGGCUACGCAGGCAGAUUGGGAAGCGGCAAAACUGCCUCGCAAUGCUGGCAGACAACCCGGUAGACCGACCAAGUCUCAGUUUGCGGAGGUGCAGAAGAUGAGUUCGCUGGUUAGCAGUGGGUUGAAUAUGGACCUUAGUGCGAAUGCAAGUUCGAGUGAUGAUGAGACGGUUAAUACCUCUUCUGAGGAGGAGAGCGAUAAGGACGAAAUGGAUUUGGUUGCCGUGGAGGUACCUGCUACGAAUACACCACCUGGUGUUACGAAAUUCGGCCAUGGAGAUGGUGGCGUUAAAGACAGAGACGAUGAAGACGACGAGAAUGAUUGGACUGGGGACCCUGCUGUUCUGAUUCAAUCGUUUAAACCUCUGCCGAUUCCAAUCAGGGGCAAUGAUAACUUGCUUGUGAAGAAUCAGCAGUUCAAACGUCCUAGACUUGACUUAUAG